AAGCAGCAGUUUUGCUGAGCUAACAGGGAAAACCAUUUAUACCUCCUCUUCAAUAGAGUUGCCUGUGGCUUGCCAGUCAGUUUCAUCUCUCCCUCUGCAGCUGUCCUUUUCCCUUUGGUGCUAGGUAACACACACAUAUCAAAAUGGGAGAUGAGCAAAAGAAGAGCAAGGUGUCCGCAACAAGGCGGAACCAGCUGAAGAGCUUAAUGCUCCAAGUUGCCAAGUCAUUGCUGGAAAAAGAGGAAACAGAAAGAGAGAGCGAAAAGGCAUCAUACUUGGCUGAACACUGUCCACCCCUGGAAAUGGGUUAUAGCAUGCAGGACCUGCAGGAGCUUUGUAAACAACUUCAUGCUAAAAUUGAUGUUGUUGAUGAAGAGAGAUAUGACAUGGAACAGAAAGUGCUGAAGAGCACAAAGGAUGUUGAGGAGUUGAACCAGAGGGUGUUUGACCUGAAGGGUAAGUUUAAGAGGCCACCACUGCGUAGGGUGCGUAUGUCAGCUGAUGCCAUGUUGCGGGCUCUGCUGGGUUCCAAGCAUAAAGUUAAUCUGGACUUGAGAGCUAACCUGAAGCAGGUGAAGAAGGAAGACACAGAGAAAGAGAAGGACCUCCGUGAUGUGGGUGACUGGCGUAAGAAUAUUGAGGAGAAAGCCGGCAUGGAAGGCAGAAAGAAGAUGUUUGAGACCGAGGGUUAGACUUCUUAACGCCAUCAAUAGCAUUUUAAUCUUUGUAUGGAUCACAUGUAAGGCAACCCGGCUUGUGUCUCCUUCCAAACCAUCAAGUCUUAAGGUUUUAAAUCUCUUGUGCCUAAAAGAAACCAAUUACCAGCAAAUCUGCAUAUGUUUUCACGUCUGAUAAAAGAAUACACGGUCUGUACUUUGUCUGCUGCUGUUUUUAGUACUGAUGAAUAUCUCUGCGGCUUUGUGCAGCUUGAUACAUCUACCUGUCCUGGAUACCAAUACCAGGCAGCCUACAGUGAAACGUUUACUGCCUUGAACUGUGUAUUGAUGCAUCGUUACCUUGUAAAUAAAGUAUUUAAAGAUGGGUUGAAUUUUUAAACCUC